UUUAAAUAAAAUGUCCAACUUUUUAUUUUUUAAAAUUUUAUUUUUAAAUAUUUUUAUUACAAUUGUUUUAACCGAACAAUCUAAUAAUCGUGCAAAACGAUUUAUUUCUGGUUUUAGUCCUUUUGGAGGAGGAAAUUUUGGUUGUGUUGUUUCGGGAGGCAAACUUUAUAUUAAUGGACGUUUUACAAAGAAUCUUUCUGAAAAAGAAAAUGAGGAAAUGGAAAAAUAUAUUAAAGAAUUGGGGGAAUUCAAAGAAUCUGCCAAAACAUUUAUUGAGCAACAAAAACAGCAACAGACACUUUCUGGAGACACAAAAAGGCAACAACAACCAGAACCUCCCAAGAGGGUUUCCAAGUUUUUGCUCUGAAAAUGCCACAACGCAAUUUGUUUUUGAUGGAUGCACAGUACAAGGAGAUUAUGUUUAUAUUGGGGAUAAACCUGUUAGAAAAUUGAAUGAAAAAGAAUUGGAGAAAUUAGAAAAAUUUAAACAGGAAUUUAAUUUAUAUCAAGAAUUUAUUGCAAAUAAAGUUAAAAAG